AUCGAGCCGAGCGAGCCCAUUCCAAUCCAAUUGGCCGAUCGAUCGAGCGCAAUCAAUCCAUCCAUCGGGUUUUUUUGUGCUCUCCGCAAAGCUCUCUGCCCGGGAGCUACAGAGGGAGGGAUGGUUUUCUUCCUCGUCGCGGCAGCUGCUCUGUACGCGCUUGCAUUGACCCUGCUGCUGCCAUGGAUUUACCAGCGCGUGAGCCUGCGGCGGAUCAACCUGCCGCCGGGAUCGCUGGGCUGGCCUUUCCUGGGCGAAACACUGAGGCUCUACACGCAGUCUCCCAACGUCUUCUUCGCAUCCAGGCACAAGAGGUAUGGUGAGAUUUUCAAGACACACAUCCUGGGCUGUCCCUCGGUGAUGAUCGCCAGCCCCGAGGCCGCCAAGUUCAUCCUUGUCACGCACGCCCACCUCUUCAAGACCACAUUCCCAUCGAGCAAGGAGGGGAUAAUCGGGCCACACGCGCUCUUCUUUCACGAUGGUGACUACCACCGCCGGCUCAAGCGCCUCAUGCAGAGCUGCUUCUCUCCAGAGGCCAUCCGAGGUCUCGUCCCGCACAUCGAGGCUGUCUCCCUGGCCGCCCUGGAUUUGUGGGAGUCGUCCCAACACCCGAUCGACACCUUCCACGAGAUGAAGAAGGUAACUCCACCAAUUUACUCUCUCUUGCCAUCAGCUACCUUGUCAAACUGCUACACUUAUCUUCUUGUGAUCUUUUGUGCUCACACCAUUCAUUGCUGGCCGCAGUAUGCCUUUGACGUAGGAGUCCACCAGAUAUUUGGCGGGCAAGAGCGUGGGCUAGAUCGAGGGGAUCUCAAGCGUGCCUAUCAAGCACUGGAGCGAGGAUACAAUUCAUUUCCUAUUGACAUUGCCGGGACUCCAUACAAUACAGCCAUGAAGGCAAGGAAGCACUUGAGCACGGUCGUGAGUCAGAUCAUCAAGGACAGGAGGCACCGACAAGAAGAGGCCCGCGGACACGAUGGGGAUUUGCACUACACAGACUUGCUCACCAGGCUCAUGGACUCUAAGGACGGCAUGAGCGACGAGCAGAUCGGGGACAAUGUGAUUGGAGUUAUCUUUGCGGCCCAGGACACCACCGCCAGUGUUCUAACGUGGCUCCUCAAGUACCUCAAGGAGAACCCCGUACUUUUGGACGCUGUCACGGCGGAGCAAGAGCGAAUUCGAAGGUCGAUAAUUGAUGGCGACAGAAGCUUAUCGUGGUCGGAUACCAGGAACAUGCCAUUGACUUCACGGGCGAUUCAAGAGACCCUACGACUCGCUACCAUACUCUCCUUCACUUUCCGAGAAGCCGUGGAAGACGUCCAAUACAAAGAUUACAUAAUCCCCAAGGGCUGGAAAGUGAUGCCGCUGUUCAGGAUGCUCCACCACAGCCCAGACUUCUUCCCGGACCCAUUCAAGUUUGAUCCCUCCAGAUUCGAGGAGCCGAUCAAGCCCAACACGUUCAUACCGUUCGGAAAUGGCCUCCAUUCAUGCCCAGGCAACGAGCUGGCCAAGCUGGAAAUACUCGUGCUUGUGCACCACCUUACCACCACAUACAGAUGGGAUUUUGCUGGAGCAACCGAAGGAGUGGAGUACAGACCAUUCCCAGUGCCAAAGGCCGGGUUGCCCAUCACCAUUACACGCAAGUAAAACCCCCAAGAGUGAGUGAAAAAAAUUCGAAAUAAAACAACUCAAUUCUUACAAAAUUUUGAAAAACAUUAAAAAAAACU